GCGCAGUUCAUUAAAAAAAGUGAAGUUUAAUUUUGCAAUGGUGGCAAUAUUAAGUCAAAACAACAUUUAUGGAAGUUUGUUAGACAAUGCAAUUAAUAUGGGAUUUUCGCACAAUCGAACUCUUAAAGAUGUUUUAAACGGUUCGUAUCCCAAAAACAAGAUUACAAAAAUGGAUGUGUACGACCUUGAGUUGUUUGUGACGAAACUUGUGCAGUGUACAAAGCAAAUAGUUUCCAAGACUUUGGGCAAAGAAGUGAACGAAAAACCAAGCUGGUGGCCAACAGCUUUAGAACUUCAGUACAUGGAACUUUGCAAAGCACAGAAAAAACGUAAAAUUAAGGCCACAAUAUUGCAAAGGCUAGUGAUUAAGUGCAGCAAGUAUUUUAAGAAGUAUGCUUGUAACUAUAAUAGUGUAGGUGAAAUAUUUGUGAACGAUGAAAAUAUAUGCAUUACCAAAAAAAAUAGGAAAGUAAACCAAUCUACAAAGAAUAAAUUAAGAAUAAACAAAGGAAAGAAUGAUAUGAUAGCUAAUCGUUACCCUAUUAUUAAACUAGAAGACAUUUUAAGAAAACCCACUGCAAGAAAACCUGUUACACAAAAUAAUUUCCUAAACUAUUUUGGUUUAUUACCAUCAAGCACAGAAAAAGAAAUUAAGCCAGAUCAAUACACAUUUCCAAGCCAUCCUAUAAAGAUACAUAAUUCACAUCAUAUACCUUUGUCAUCCGAUCUAGGACAAAUGCUGUUAAAAAGGGAAAACCACCAACUUAAUGAGACGGUACUCUCAAGAAGACUUGAGAGGGUGGAAUGGUAUAUAAACAAAGCAGUGCCGAAAGAAGAUGCCAAAUAUGAGCCUUUGCAAAGUAUUCCUGCUCUUCCCAAACAUUGUCAUCAGUAUAGAUAUCCUAAAAGACAGUAUCAUCAAGUUUAUAAAGAUAAUAAUAAAAAGUUACAACUUUGCAAACCCCUUAAAGUGGUAUUAAAAAAAUGUGACUUUAGCAGUAUGAAGAAAAAAUGUUUGGUUAAAUUAGAACGGAUUUCAAAUGCUAAGAGAAAGAGUUUGGUAGUUAAAUUAGAAAAAAUAGAACAGUGUUCAUCUAUAAAAAAGAAGUUAAGACGCAAGACAAAAUAGAUUUUUGUAAAAUUGUUAAAAAAAUGUGUAUGUAUAAUUUAUUUUUAAUAUUGUACCUACAUCUUGUUAAUUAG